CUCCCUAGACUAUAAAAACCAGGUGGUUGAUAUUUCUCGUAGCGUGCAGGUAAGUGAAAAGGCGACAGGUGUUGGUUUGGCCUCAACCUGACCGGUAACACAAUUGCAGUUGGCUCUGGCUGGCUUUCAUAUUAAUCAAAAUUCGCGCGUUCUAAUCACAUGUGUCCAAAUUUAAAAAAUACAAAUCGUAGUUUUUAAAUUUUUCAUACCGACCACAUAUUCUACAAAAAAAAUAUAUUUAAGUGAAUAUAAAUGAAUUUAAUAUAAUAAAUAUUUAAAAAAAGCCUCGAAUCCACGUCCGGUUUUCAGCCACGGCCAUGGCACGCGAACGUCUCGUAAAUUCUUAGACAGUGAAAAUAAAAAAAUAAAUAAAAUAUGCAUCAUUAUUGCUAAGCCAAGUGUGUAUGUGUACCUGUGUGUUUUUUAAAUAGAAAUUUUAGUUGUAUAUUAUGAGAAGCGACGUGCGAUCAGAAUGCGGGAGGAAGAGCUCGAGAUAUCACUCAAGGUGGUCAUAGUAGGAAAUGGUGCAGUCGGCAAGUCCUCGAUGAUCCAGAGAUUUUGUAAAGGAACGUUUACUAGGGAUUAUAAAAAGACAAUCGGUGUAGAUUUUUUGGAACGAGAAAUCGAAGUUGAUGGAGAAGACAUAAGACUUAUGCUGUGGGAUACUGCUGGCCAAGAAGAAUUUGAUGCAAUUACAGCAGCUUAUUAUCGUGGUGCACACGCAUGUGUCUUAGCAUACUCAGCAACAGACAGAGAUUCUUUUGACGCCAUACCAUCUUGGAAACUAAAGGUGGAGAAUGAGUGCGGAGAAAUUCCGACGGUCUUGGUGCAAAACAAGAUUGAUCUUGUCGAUCAAUGUCAAAUUGAUCCAAAUGAAGCGGAGAGACUAGGUCGAGCAUUGGGUUGUAAACUCCUACGUACAUCCGUUAAGGAAGACGUGGGUGUAGUCAGUGUUUUCAGACAUCUCGCUUCAAGAUGUUUAAUAGAAAUGCGCAGGUGUGAAGAUGACUUUCAAGAUGACUUGAGAUUGUACUCAUCAGGACCCCGAUCACCUUCAGUUAUCAGUGCUUUUAGUCCAAAUGAAUGUACAGGUCGUAACACCGGAAACGGAACAAUUGUUCUGCGACCGAGUGGUAAAACUCGACAUCACAAAAAGAAAAACUUUGUCAAGAAUGCCUGCAGGCUCUUGUAAGACAUACAAGUAGUAAUGAAAUUCAUAUUCAUUGAAUAUAUACAUAUAUAUUGUUUGAAGAAUCAAAAACAAGAUUUAAUGUUUAAAUAUAUGGGCAAACAAAUCACUUUACAGAAAGGCGUUUUCCAUCUACUUAAAUAUUACAAAAUAAAAUGUACCUAAGUCGUGUUUUGGAUUUAUAAUUUUCUUUAUUUUGUACAUAUGUAUAUUUUUUUUUCUUUUUCUUUUACUUUUAUAUAUUUACUGUUAUUUUUUAA